UUCCCUAUCAAUUAGCAACCAUUAGCCCCCCAGAUAAGAUAAAGGCGGGGAAAGGGGAAGAGGCAAGCCUGACCCAUCUAGGGCGAUGAUCAUGGAGGGCUUUGUCUGUUCCCCUUUCAUCACGUACCAGGGCUUCAGGGGCAGCCCCGCUGCCGGCCGCGGCCAGGACCCGGCGGCCAAGCAGCCCAGCUGGAAGCAGAGCAAGAGCAGCAGCAUCAGCCCGUUCCUCGGGGGGCCCCUCACGCCACUGUCCUCCGAGUACCUGGACACCUACCGGCGGGCGCAGCUGCAGGCGCUGCUCUCGCAGGUGAGCCCCGGGCUGGCGCCGCGGCCGUGCCGGGCCAGCACCAAGGAGGCGGCGGUGCAGGUGAGCCUGCGGGCCGACAAGGCCGUGCAGUGCUCGCUGGGGCCGCGCCCGCUGCCGCCCGUCCGCGCCUUCGGCCCCGCCGCCCUGCGCGCCCCGGGCCGCCUCGCCCUCUACUCGCCCGCGCCCGAACGCCGCACCUUCGCGCCCACGCUGAAGGCAGCGCCGUCGGAAGCGCCGGCCCAGGAGACACCGACGGCGGCGGACGGCAGAGAGAAGCAGGAGAAGAGCCCGGCGAGGGCUGCGCUGCCGCCGUGCCAGGAGCCGACGGGGACGCGGCGGAAGGAGAACGCGGCUCCCAGGCAGCGAGCGACCUUCCAGUUCUUGGAGCAGAAGUAUGGCUAUUUCCACUGCAAAGACUGCAAGACCAGAUGGGAGAGUGCUUAUGUGUGGUGCAUUUCUGGAAGCAACAAGGUGUACUUCAAGCAGCUGUGUCGCAAAUGCCAAAAGGGCUUCAAUCCCUAUCGAGUGGAAGCAAUCCAGUGCCAGAUCUGUUCAAGGACUCGCUGCUCCUGCCCUCAGAAGAAAAGGCACAUUGAUCUCAAGAAACCACAUCGCCAAGAACUUUGUGGCCGCUGCAAAGGGAAGAGGCUGUCCUGCGAUAACACUUACAGCUUCAAAUACAUUGUCUGACCUGUGUGCCCUCUUCUGUUUUGUGCUUUGCACUUUGUCAGUCUUCUGCAGUGUUUCGACUUAAGGCUUUUGACCUGGCAUUGGAUAAUGGACAAAGACAUUUGUAUUAUUUAUAAAGUAUAUAACUUCAUUGUAUAUAUGCUGUAAAUAAAGUUGAAGAAAAGUUUGCACUAGUUUGA